AUGGAUCACAAAUCAGUCGCGUCUCGAGUACGAGACCUUGCCAAAUUCCUAGCAACAGUCCAAGGCGACCUCUCCAACAUCACCGGCCCCCCACACCUCCUCGCCCCCUCCUCCGUCGUCGAAGUAGGCCACUGCUGGGCGCAACGGCCCUCCGUCUUCGCCGCGCCCUCGCUCGAGUCCGACCCCGAAAAGCGCAUGCUCCUCGUCCUGCGGUGGUUCCUCGUCGCCCUGCGCAGCCAGCUCUACAUCGGCUCCACCGGCUCCAAGAACAGCAGCAUCAGGAAACCGCUCAACGCCUUUUUGGGGGAGCUCUUUUUGGCGUCAUGGACCGACGCUGAGAAGAAAUGCACCACCACUCUAGUCUCAGAGCAAGUCAGCCACCACCCGCCCAUCACGGCCAUGCACGUCGCCGACGCCGAGCACGGCAUCCGGACGACGGGGUACGCGCGCGUCGAGAUGAGUUUUAAUGGGACUGUCAAUAUCCGGCAGGUCGGCAACGCCGUGCUGCAUAUUGAUCGGUUCGACGAGGAUUACCUGAUGCCGCUGCUGGACGCCAAGGUGCGCGGGAUCUUAAGCGGGUGCAUGUACCCGGAGGUGCUGGGCACGUACUCCAUCAUUGGCAGCAGUGGGUAUCAGGCCGAGAUUCGGUUUACGGGGGAGGGCAUGAUCCGAGGGAAGCGCAACUCGUUUGAGGCGCGGAUCUUUCACCGGGAUGAUCCCUCGCAGCAGACGCUGUACGAAGUGAAAGGGUGCUGGAGCGAAGGAGGGUGGAAGGUGCGCGAUCCGCGCAUGGGCGAGACGGUCGAGGUCUAUGAUAUCGACGCGCCCGAGAACCAGCCGGUGCCGAUGGUGAUUGAUCCCCUAGCUGAGCAGGAUCCGUGGGAGAGCAGGAGGGCGUGGGAGGGUGUGUUCAGGGGCAUGGCGGAGGGGGAUAUGCGGAUGGUGUUGAAUGAGAAGACGAGGGUCGAGCAGGCGCAGAGGAGGAUGAGGGCCGAGGAGAAGGAGAGGGGGAUUGUGUGGGAGCCCCUGUUCUUUAAGAGUGUCCAGCCGGAGGAGCAUGAGGUCUUUCAUCGGUUAGCGGAGGGGACGGGACUGAAGUUGCAUAGUGAACGGACGAAGGGGGUGUGGAAGCCGGAUUUGGAAAGGAUUGAGAGUGCGCAGAGGCCGUUUAGGCAGGGCGUUACGCCUUUGGGGUAUUCUUCCUGA